UAAUUCCUCGCGUUCUCCAGGCCUCUAGCGUCCGGUGAAGAGAAAAUAACAGGUUAGCUGCACCGAAGGCCGGCCCAUUAGAGGUCUUAUAAUUCGAAAUAAAUUUUAUGUGCAGGAUUAUCAAGAGGUGGGAUAAGUAGCAUUAUUUAGUUACUAUUGAAUACCGGAAGCCUAAAGACAUGAUUCGCUUCAUUCUGAUCCAAAACCGAGCAGGAAAAACCAGACUGGCCAAAUGGUACAUGCAGUUUGAUGAUGAUGAGAAGCAGAAGCUCAUUGAGGAGGUUCAUGCAGUAGUGACAGUUCGAGAUGCCAAACACACUAACUUCGUUGAGUUCAGAAACUUCAAGAUUAUCUACAGGCGCUAUGCUGGUCUGUACUUCUGUAUCUGUGUGGAUGUCACGGAUAAUAACCUGGCCUACCUGGAGGGUAUUCACAACUUUGUGGAGGUCUUAAACGAAUACUUCCACAACGUGUGUGAAUUAGAUUUGGUCUUCAAUUUCUACAAGGUGUACACAGUAGUAGACGAGAUGUUCCUGGCUGGAGAGAUCCGAGAAACGAGCCAGACGAAGGUCCUGAAGCAGCUACUCAUGCUGCAGUCACUGGAGUAGAAAAGUCCCUGAAUCACAGCCAUACAGCACUGCAGCAGCAGCAGGAUCAUCUCGAAUCUGCUGAAAGCCAGUCCUUAUUGUUUUCUGUGGAUCGAUGUUGUCAAUGAUAUAUAUACACAUAUAUAACCCAACAUUUCAGCCUCUUAAAGCUGUGCUAUGUAAGAUUUUCAGAGUGUUUGAGAUUUACAGUGCUGAGAAAGCUGACUGAACGCAGUUGAAGAAUGAAAAGCCUGACAAAAGCGAGUGCACCUGAUUUCUUUAACCGCCUUUUUCAGAUGUACAGCUGUUUGCAAAGCAGCCCCCCAUCCCCCCUAUUGAUCUUUUUCAGUGAGCCCUCCAGUUGACUACAGGAUACAAAUAAAUGUUUUAAAUACCUCAUAACACUUUACAUAGUAUAACUUUGCAUUUUUACAUCUCAACAUGGCACUGCCUGUUUUAUUCCCUUUGCUCCUUUUUUUAGUGCGUUCAAUUUAAAAUCCAGUGAUCUUCAAGAUUGGACAUGCAGUUUUUUUUUUUUUUUGUGAGGCCUCUGUUUUUCAUAUUGUCUCAUCCACCUCCAGGUGUAUCUUUAUGCGCAGGGUUAGAAAUUUGCCCAUAAACCCAUUAACACUAAACUCUUGAGUAAUCAGCAUGAUACAUAAAACUGGAAUUUCUGAGAAGACCUAUUUACAAUCAUGUAAUACAAAAAGGUGAAAAUCACAGAGUAACACCAUUAGUUCUGGGAGUUUUUGUAUUGUGUGUGUGUGUGUGUAUAUACAUUACAUAUUAUAUAUAACUAUAUCCAUGUGUUUUAGCACUCAUCAGUCUGAAAAGAAGAGCUUCGUUCCAGUAAGCAACGUCUCCCCUAUUUUGUGUAGUUACCAGUACCAACAUGCACACAGUCGAAGCCAAACUGUUUAGCGUUAGCCCACUGGCUAUGUGAGCAUCUGAGACACCUCGAGACAUUGAGCUAUUAGCAGAAAUCAUGGUAUGUUGCUGAAUGAACAAAGUCAGACAGUGAUGGGGGGCUUGUUAAGCCAGCAAGGCUGAACAGAUCUUGCAGCACUCAAAGGGAAAAUACACACAACAAAAGACCGCAUCUACUUUUUAUCUCCAGAUUCUGUGCCGCUGCGCGCAACCAGCGCUUCCAUAGCAACCACUCUGGCUAGCCUCGAGCUUCUUUUGACUGCUUUUCUGGAUUCUGAUUUAACUUAGACCUGGACCAAUACAUGCAAGAAAAUGACCAUUCCUCAGUACUUUUAGCUCUGGACUAGGCUUAAUCAGAAUCUGUAAUUUGCUUCAUAAAUAUUUUUCAAACUGUUUUUUAUUUUUUCAAUGUCAUUGUUUUUUUAUUUCUUUUUUGUUAGUUUUUUUAUCCAAAAUAUAUUACGCACUUGUCCUUGUGAGAUUUCGGAACCGAGUUAAAUGUUUGUUUAUUCCCUUUGUUCAGAUCCGUAUGUACCCAUAAAAAGAAAGAGAAAUAAAAGUAUCCAAAUCA